CAUGGUAACGGGAUGUUUCGCCCCGAUGCAUGGUUCGCACCGCGAUGUUUCGCGCCUAUUCUGUUUCGCGCUGAGAUGGUUCGCCCCGCGAUGUUUCGCUCCCAGAACAUAUAAUGUAUGCUAUCUUUAUUUCGUAUGUUUUGGGGAAAAAAAUAAAAAAUUAUCAUGUCUGUUCAUAUUGAUAUCAAUUUCGAAAUUUUGUAGAAUAUUAAUUAAUAUUUUGAUUGUAUAUGUUUAUUUGAAGUACUUAGUCUAAUUGUUUAUUAUUUUUACACUGAUAAUUAUGUUCAUAGUAGUUACUUUAGCAUACCGCCAUUUAAUUAAUUAAUUCCGUAAUUAUUUGCCGGCUUGGGGAACCUAUCAACUUAAAUUUGCUGGCUUGGAGAAGCUAUCAACUAAAAUUUGGAGACUGGAGUACAUAAUGAUGAGACAAGUGAUAAUUAGGAGAUCAAGAUAAGUAUAAAUAUUGGUAACCUUUUCUGAAUUAAGCAUCAGUCUUUCAGACUACAGCAAUGGCAGGUAUGUCUGGAAAUGGGCUAAUGCUUAUAAGUUUAUAGCUGGUUUUUUUUUUAAUUAAAAGAUAUAUCAGUCUAUUAAUUUAGAAUUUUAUAUAGCCAUAAAAUAUAAAAUAUAUAUAAAAAUAUAUAAAAUACUUGUAGUAGAAACUUAAAAUAAUAUUAUUAUUUAUGCUGUUGUAUGUUAACAUUCCUUAUUUGUUUCAGAUGUUUGUGUGGUUUGCAGCAAUCUUGUCCGCCCACGACAAGAAGCACUCAUAUGUGAUGCGUGCAACAGAUGGCAACAUAGGACUUGCAAUUCAGGUGUCACCAGACAAGACUACAGAGACCUUGUUAGGAGCAGGGAUGACUUCGAGUUCACAUGCUCGAAGUGUAAAGAGGAGAGAGGCGACCAUACCUAUGGAAGUAUCAGCAUCGGUUCUUCAAUCGACAUCCAUAGAGGGGCAUCCUACACCACCUUCCAGUCCCAGUGUGGCACCCAUUGGCACGCCUGCUUCCCCCCCUCGGCUGCUGAUUCCCCAUGUACCAGCCAUGGACGUCUCCACAUUGUCAGAUGAUCCCGAGCCAGUGUUCCGGCCCCUUGAAGCAUUGGAGUCCUCCGACUUCGACAUUUCUCAUCGGCGGGAUGUGGAGGACAGCGACGAAGAGCCACAGGAGAGAACCUUACAUGAGGACCUUGAUGACACCGUUAUAGAUGAAGAAGAAGUCCGCUUUGAAGUUCUGGAGAAGGGGAGCAAGAGGGGUGGUGCCUUACUUGUUUCAACUGACGGCUUUACAUAUGGAGUGAAGCGGAAGAACAAGGAGACGACCAUGUGGACGUGUAGUGUGAGGUCAGCUAAGAUGAGAUGCCAUGCCACAGUACUCCAGCGAGGCAACUCCUUUGUGCGAGGACCCAAUGCACAUCAACACCCAGGGGACCUUAAGCUGCCACUUCUCAAGAAAGUCUCAGCUGAGGCAAAGGAAGUUGCUGUGGACCAGGUCUUUCGUCCAGCAAGGGAAAUCGUCGAGGCCACCAUUGCUGACACCAUUGACAACAGGUUCCUUGCCCCAAAGAUCUCCAACGUCAAGAGAUACGUGAACAACUACAGGGCUGCAUUCCGACCUAAAGACCCCACAGAUUUGGACUUUGAGAUUAACAUGGACUUCCUCCAGUGCCAGGAGUUCCUCAUAGCUGAUGUUCGAGUUGGCGAAGAGAGACAUCUGGUAUUUGCUACAGACCACCAGCUUGAGAUCCUGCGCCAAGCCAAGAGAUGGUUCAUAGAUGGCACAUUUAAGAUAGUUCCUUCCUUCCUCAAGCCAAACGGUCAACUGAUGUCCAUACACGCCUUUGUCCACAAAGACGGCAAGUCCAUGCAGUUCCCUUUGCUGUUCGCUUUGAUGUCCCGGCGACGAAAAGAAGACUACAUUGAGGUUUUCAGGGCAGUGAAGGAAAGACUGGGAAAUUCUUCGGUGGAAAUGGUGACAGCUGACUUCGAAGCAGGUGCAUGGCAGGCCAUCCGAGAGGUAUUCCCAACCGUGACCUUGAAGGGCUGUGUUUUCCACUGGACGAAGGCAGUCUGGACCCAUGUACAGCAGCUUGGCCUUGUCACGACAUUCAGAGAACGAGAGGGGACCCACAACUUCAUAAAGCAACUGCUGGCCUUGCCUUUCCUUCCAUGGACCCACAUCGCAGAUGUCUUCCGUGUCAUGGAAGAAAGAGCUCCAGCCGCCCUCCAGCCACUCACAACCUACAUCAGGACCCAGUGGAUUCAGAACCCUCUGUUUCCAAUUCGCUCCUGGAGUGUCUACCAGUUCACCAUCCGAACCAACAAUGAUGUGGAAGGAUGGCAUCACCGGAUGAACUCCAAGGCACGCGGCCUAUCCCUCAGCUUCUACCAGUUGGUGCCCCUACUCAGCAGAGAAGCCGAUGUUGUGAGGACCAGAGUGGCAGCCUACCUGAAGACCUGCGGUUCCAUUUAUGCAGCCCCAUUCCAGUGA